CUGGUACGUACGUUACUUGCACUUGUACAACGGAAACACGAAGGACGGAACCCAAACUAAAACAAUCCAGACGAUUCAAAGUUGAUCAGGGUAAUACAAGUAAUCACUACUUGGGCUCUUUCUCUGUCCUCAAAUGUCGAGAAUGCAGUCGAAAAGCAAGCCGAUAAUGACAGUGAUAACGAUAGCUUUUGCUCUUCUUCUGAACGUCGGAAACACUGUAGCGACGCUAGGAUCUUCGCCAGGUGAAAUCGUCGGUCUGUCCGUAUCUGAAACCUUCCCUUCACCCAGAAAGUUGCUAUCACGACGAGAUGUAAUUGGUGAAGUAAUGAACAUGCGGGGUGGGCAGCAAGGGGGGGAAUCAUAUCAACAAUCAGAGUAUCCCUACCAGCAACCUCAAUACUAUCCCCCCGGUGCCAACAACGGCGACUCCAAUGGCUACGAGAACGGCUUUGCCAAUUACGAUCCGCAAUCAGCAUCCGGUGAUCUUUACGAGAGAGAGCCGGGCAUGUUCGAAGAGUCGGUCCAAGAUCGACACGAUAAAUGGCGGUCGUCUCAAAUGGAGAAAUACGCCAAUCUAACACCAGAACAAGAAUUGAACCCUCGGGACGAACAGGGCCGGAUGAAGCUGCUGAGUUCUGUGUCCAAAGGAAGCAGGGCAUUGAUAUUCUUCGUUCUUAUGUGGAGAGACAUUUAUCUGUUCGAAGUGACGGAUCAAUCCAUCAAAGGCUCGCUGCGUAAGAUGAUCUCACGCGGUUUUCUGACAACAGUAUUUUUGGGCAAUCUGGCAGGGGUCGUCACGUCCGUCACAUCACAAGGGCACUCCGCAAAGAACCGCUUGAAGGCUAUUUUGAAUCUCGACAAGGUAGUAGAGACUACGCUUUUACUGUGGAACCUCGGAAGGAUCACUCUAUUCCCUUCAAAGUACAUUGAAAGAGAAAUCUUCGUUGCUGGCAUUCUUCACUCUGUAUUUUUCCUAAUACAGUGUCAAGCAUUCACUCGGGUCACUUGGGACGAGAACGUAGCUCCAGUGCUUCAACAAAAAGCUCAACACCAACAGCAAAACAAUCAACAUGCAUACGGCCAGCCAUAUACCACUGUUCGAUAAGUCGGGUGAGUUGGAAUCCUUGACCAUCACCUACGGAAUGCACGGUGCUUGAUCAUUACGUGCUAACUACUUUUCAACAAUAGCAAACCUGCUGUUUCAUAUCCAUAUUCUCUACAGUACUUUAGUGUGAAAUUUCUUAAUUUUGAAUCACCAACAAAACUACACCAUGGUACACGUAUUCUAUAAUACCAAUAGCUAUGAAAUGAUUAGUACUCCAAUCUCCAUUCCAAAGCGAAACCACAAUUGUUUUCUUACUUAUCGACUCCGGCAGCCUGCAGUGCGGUAAAUACAGCGGUAUUGACGAUAUCCUCGACGGUUGCACCGCGGCUUAAAUCAUUGACAGGCUUCUUCAAUCCCUGGAGGACUGGCCCAACUGCAAUCGUCUUGGAUGCUUGCUGGACGGCCUUGUAUCCAUUAUUUCCGGCGUUAAGGUCAGGGAAGAUCAAACUGAAAAACGAAGCAGAUCGAAUGAGACGAACGAAAAAAAAGUUUGAAUUAUUGUGUAUCAGAAACGAUUUAGGUGGUACAAGUCAACAGGAAGACAAAUUCUGUCGGAAACAAUUGCACUCACCAGUUGGCUCUUCCAGCAACGAGGCUAUCUUUAGCCUUAACUGCAGCAACGGCGGGAUCUACAGCAGCGUCAAACUGCAGCGGGCCUUCAAUCAAUGCCGGGUCCAUGAAUCCUUCCUCUUCGGCUGCUUUCUUUGCCAUUGCCGUAGCGUCAACAACCUUGUCGAUCAGGUGUCCAGAAUUUGAGUCUCCGGUAGCAUAGCUUAAAAGUGCGACUCGAGGUUCGAUACCAAACUGAAUCGAUGUCUUUGCCGAGGAGAUCGCAAUUUCUGCUAGCUGCUCGGCGUUCGGAGCAACGUUGAUUGCGCAAUCGCCAAACACUUUAACUCCAUCUUCAAGUAGCAUAAAAAAUAUUGAAGAUACAACCGAUGCGCCCGGUGCUGUUUUCAAUAUCUGCAGAGCGGGUCGAAUUGUAUUCGCCGAGCUGUGCAUCGCUCCGGAUACCAUUCCAUCAGCCAAACCCAUGUGCAUCAUUAGUGUGCCAAAGUAAUUCACGUCUUCAAGCAAAUAUUUUUCUGCCUCCAAGGGCGUGAGGCCUUUCGAUUUCCUGGCUUCAACAAAAGAACCGAUCAUAUCUUGUAAACCAUCAAAGUUUUUGGGGUCGCAAAUAGUAACACCAUCUAAAGAAACACGAAGUUUCUUUGCAUUUCUAUUGAUAACUUCAGGAUCUCCAAUCAGAAUGACAUUGCAUAGCUUUCGCUUCGUUAGAAUUGAAGCUGCCUCGACGACACGGGGGUCAGCACCCUCUGGCAACACAAUAUUUUUUUGCAAUUGCCGAGCUCUGAGGAAUGCUGAGUACUGAAACAAUCUUGGUCCAAUAUCUCUUCGGGUUUCCAAAUGAUCCUCGCUCUCAAAGCGAUCAAGCAAACUGUAAUCCAAAUUUUCUGUCACCAAAGUAAUGGCUUGAUCGAGCUUUUCCCGACUUCGUGCAGUGACAAAUGCCGGUGUGUCUUCGAUUUUGGUGGCCGCUUCGAAAGUAUCAGCUGAGGUUGCAAUCACGGGCAACCGAAUGUCACGAAGACCAUUCAACACCGAGAUAACAGAUGGGUCCAUAUCUCCUAGCUUGUGAUAGGUACACAGAAUGCCAGCCAAGUUUGGUGCAUUCGACGAUUGCGCUGCUAAGAGAAGAGACAUCAGAACAUCAACGCGUUUAUGGGAGACAACCGCUAGUUGAUCUUCUUUCAAUUCAGUUAUCAGAUCACCAACCUGCAUAGUGUGAAUCCAUAUUUUAUCAAUGGAACUAUCGAGAUAUUUCUCUCCAUAAAGGCAGAUGCCAUUA